CCUACUGAGAAUUGCACAAGGAUUAUAAAGACUUGGCCGAACCUCGGAAGCCGCAAGCGGAAGCAAUCGCGACUCGCCGACACUGUUUCAUUUCGAGUCUCUACUUGCAUUGCACUGUUCAUUUGUUGUGUCUGCUUCACGCUUUUUCUUCUUCUUCUUCUUCUUGGUUUGGAGGAGCCUGAGCCAUCUCAGAAGCUUCUCGAUCCCAACUCAAAGUUUGUGUUAGAAAAGCAUUCAAAGACACUCAACAACUUCAUGGCUUCCAACGAUCGAGUGUACAAUUUUGAAGAUAAAUUUUCCAUUAAAGAUCUUGCUCUAGUGGGGAAGUUAUGCCAAAAAGUGGGGCAUAGUGGUAAAUUUCCUGGGCGUGUGAUUAGAAAGAAGACGUCCGUUCGCAAAACCAAAACCAAAACCAAAACCAAAAAGGAGGUUGACACUGCCAAGGAUGUGGGUAGUCUUCCUCAAGUCACAGUUUUUGAAGAGUCAAAUCAGAAUAAGGAGCCAGAGCCAUCUCAGCAUCAAAAUCCCAUUGUUGAUGAAUCAACAAUGAUUCAGAUUUCCCAGACCUUAGAAAUUUUUUUAGCAUCAAAUGAUGAAGUGUACAAUUUUGAAGCUAACUUGUCUCCAGAAGAAUGUGUUGCAGUGCAUCAUUUAUCCCAGAAAAUGGGGUUACGAGUUGAAAAUUUUGGGAGUGGGAUUAAACAGAAACUAUCUGUGCACAAAAUCAAAAAUAAGAUUCCCACCACUGCCAAGUUAGAGAAUCUUCGUUGUUUCAUAUUUUCUGAAGAGUCAAAGAAGGUAUUAGGUGGUUUAUUAAUGCAUUAUCCAUCUGGUGAUGAAGAACUUUGGGGAGACAUGAUUGGAGCAUAUAGUGACACUACUAACAGAAUGGAACAAAAGGAAGAUGAUUUUUUCUGUCAGCCUUGUAUGAGCAAAGUUGAAAUUACUAACAAAUUGGAGGACCUUUCUGCAAGAAUGAAGAAUCCCUCUGACUUGAAACUGAUCGCUGAGAAGAGAUCUAAGCUUCCAAUUGCAUCCUUGAAGGAUGUCAUUACAUCAACUGUUGAAUCUAACCAGGUAGUAAUCGUAUGUGGUGAGACUGGUUGUGGAAAGACCACUCAGGUCCCACAAUAUAUUUUGGAUAACAUGUGGGGUAAGGGUGAGGUCUGCAAAAUAGUUUGCACUCAGCCUCAACGUAUCUCUACAACUUCAGUUUCUGAGAGAAUCUCUAGUGAGAGAGGAGAGACUGUUGGAAACACUGUUGGAUACAAGUUAUGGUUUGAAAGCAGAGGUGGAAGGCAAUCAUCAAUUGUGCUGUGUACUACUGGAGUUCUAUUGAAGGUGUUGGUUUCUACAGGUUCCCAUUUUCUGAAGACACGGUCUGUGAAGGAUGACAUUCCUUGCAUUAGUCACAUAAUUAUGGAUGAAAUUCAUGAAAGGGACAAAUACUCAGACCUCAUGUUGGCAAUCCUCAGAGAGAUGCUCCCUUCAAAUCCCCACCUACGUCUGAUACUAAUGAGUGCUAGUGCUGAUGCUGCAAGAUUUUCUCAAUAUUUUGGCGGCUGCCCAAUUAUCUAUGUUCCAGGACUCAAAUAUCCGGUCAAGACUUACUACUUGGAGGAUGUGCUUUCUAUUGUAAAAUCUGGAGCAUAUAAUCACCAUGAUAAUAACCAUGAACUUAGUCAGGCAGAAAAGUUGUCUCUAGAUGAAGCAAUUGAUUUUGCUUGGUCUAAUGACGAAUGGUGCUCACUGUUAGAGCUUCUUUAUUCUAAAGCUACCUCAAAGGUCUUUGAUUAUCAGCAUUCAUUAACUGGCCUAAAUCCAUUAAUGGUGUUUGCUGGAAAAGGUAAAGUGGGUGAUAUGUGCAUGCUCCUAUCUUUAGGGGCAAAUUGCCUUUUAAGGGCCACAGAUGGAACAACUGCACUGGAGAUUGCUGAGAAGGAAAACCAGAAAGUUGCCGUUGAAUUGCUGAAGAAGCACAUGGAUAAUGAUUUUUCCAACAAAGAAGGGAAAAUUUUCAUAGAUAAAUAUCCUGCAAUUGUCAACCCGAAUGUUGUCAAUGUUUUCCUGAUAGAGCAACUGAUAAGAAAAAUAUGUGUUGAUUCAGAAGAUGGAGGCAUCAUCGUUUACCUUCCAGGUUGGGAUGAGAUAAUUAAAACACGUGAAAGAUUGCUUGCAUCCCCUUUUUUCAAUAAAAGAUCAAAGUUUAGGGUCAUAUCUCUGCAUUCAAUGGUUCCAGCCAUUGAGCUAAAGAAGGUUUUUAUGCCCCCACCCCAUGGAUGCCGCAAAAUUGUUCUCUCUACCAAUAUUGCUGAAACUGCAGUAACUGUCGAUGAUAUAGUGUAUGUCAUAGACACUGGACUUGUCAAAGGAAAAGGUUAUGAUGCUUACAAUAAUGUGUUAACUCUCCAAUCAUCUUGGAUUUCAAAAGCAAGUGCUAAGCAAAGAAAGGGAUGUGCUAGUCGUUGUCAACCUGGAAUUUGUUACCGUCUAUAUUUAAAAGUUCAAGCAGAUUCCUUGCCAGAUUUUUUGGCACCUGAAAUUAAGAGAAUGCCUAUUGAAGAUCUCUGUCUGCAGGUGAAGUUGCUUGAUCCAAGCUGCAAAAUAGAAGGGUUUCUGAACCGGACAUUAGAUCCUCCAGUAUUUAAGUCUAUACAAAAUGGUGUUAGAGUUCUUCAAGAGAUCGGGGCAUUGUCAGUUGAUGAACAGCUCACCCAGCUAGGGGAGAAGCUUGGCUCUCUUCCUGUUCAACCAUCAACUAGCAGGAUGCUUCUCUUUUCCAUAUUGAUGAAUUGCCUUGAUCCAGCUUUAACUCUUGCAUGUGCAUCUGAGUAUACAGAUCCAUUUGUGCUUCCGCUUUUACCUGAUGAAAAGGAGAGAGCUGCAGCCGCUAGAUCUGAGCUAGCUUCUUUGUAUGGGGGUUGUGGUGACCAGUUUGCUAUGAUAGCAGCAUAUGAAUGCUGGUAUAAUUCAAAGAAAAUGGGUCUAGAAUCACGGUUUUGUUCUCAAUACUUUGUUUCUCAAAGCAGUAUGAAAAAGUUAUUGAACAUGCGUAAGAAAUUAGUGGAAGAACUAUAUCGGAAUGGGCUUAUUCAUGGGAAUGUUUCAAGUUAUUGCUCAAAUGCCCAUGAUCCGGGUAUACUUCAAGCUGUUUUGGUAGCUGGGAUGUAUCCAAUGGUUGGGAAAUUGUUUUUUCCUCCCGGAAGUGGAAAUAAGUUUUUUGUGAAGACUAAAAAUGGCGAUGCUGUUUACUUGAAUAGUCAUUCUGUUAAUUCUAUUUUGUCAUCUCAGAAAAGUUUUGAUAGCUCUUUAGUUGUAUAUGAGGAGAUUACGAGCAGCUCUCAGGGCAUGUGCAUACAGAGCUGUACUGUUGUUGGACUACUUCCAUUAUUCCUGCUUUCCAAAGAGAUUGCAGUUGCUCCCGCAAAGCAUUGUACGGAAGGAGAUGAGUUUAUGUCUUCUCCUGAUAAUUUAGUUAGAGUAACCAUAGAUCGGUGGCUUAAUUUUGAGUCAACAGCACUUGAUGCUUCUCAGAUGAACUACUUGAGAGAGCGAUUAUCAACAGCUAUUUCAUAUAAAGUGACACAUUCAACAGAUGUUCUUCCUCCUGUUCUACGGACUGCUGUGGAUGCCUUAGCUUGCAUUCUGUCUUGUCAUGGACUUUCUGGCAUACCAGGGACCUCAGAUUGUGUUAACACACUGAAUACUACUAUAAAUGCUUCCAAUCCAAAAGAAUUCCGAGAAGGGCUUAUAAAUCAAGAUGCACUCCAGAUCAAUCCUUCUAUAGUUAAGGUAUCUGAAUCUGAGGCAAUCCAAAAUCCAAGUAACCAAACUAAUCAAAAUUCUCCAAUUGGUUUGGGAUGCUCAACCCCAACAAAGCAAACAGAUAAGACUCCAGAAAGAUUCUGUUCAGCGCUUAUAAUUCACAAUGACAUGCCUUCUUCUGGAACUAGCAUAUCGGCAUCCUAUGAUGCAGAAAAUCCAAGUCAUCCUACAUGUCAAAACGCUACAAGUUCAGCUUGCUCAGUCCAGUCAGCACAUAUAAAUGAUGAUGUAACCAUGACUGAUUUGACGCCUUCUAAAGAUCUAAAUUCAAUUUGGUGGGAUGCUUCAAAAGGGGCUCACUUCCGCAAGAUUGCAGUUGGGUGGACCUUUCCUGAGAAUGGAUGGGUCAAGGCUAAUGUAGACGGGUCCUUCAGGCCUCAGAAUCGUCACUCUAGCUGUGGAGGAGUUUUUCGCGAUUCCACGGGUUCUUGGUGCUUUGGCUUCGCACUGAAUCUUGGAGCCUUGUUCUGCGGAUCAAUUGGAUCACCGAAAUUUUUGGAUUACGUGGUUAUCUUUUCUGAACUGUGGGGUAUCUUCACUGCCCUCAAGCUUGCUAAGGAGAAAGGUAUUUUGAAGCUGUGGGUCGAGACUGAUUGCAAAGAAGCAUUGAAAUAUGUUUUUAAUAAACGGUCAGUGAAAAAUGUUUAUUUUGGUCCUCUUGUUCGUUCCAUAGUUAAGUUGAUGGAGGGAGAUUGGACAGUUCAACUUUCCUCUUGUUAUCGUGAAAGAAACAACGUUGCUGACUGGUUAGCUUCCUAUGCGCAUACAAUCGAGGUGGGUCUUCAUGUGUUUGAUGCCCCUCCUCCCGGUUGUGUCAAAUACUUAACUGAGGACUCUGCUGGAGUUUCUAAAUUCCGUACUGUACGUGUUGAGCAAUAAUUGGGGCCAUGUUCCACCUUGAGUGUGAAAGCCAUAUAUUGACCAUUCAUGUUAUAUGGCUGAUAUUAAUUCUUCUCACACACUCUAGGUUGUCCCUUGUAUAGUAUUUUCAUAUUGAUUGGAAAUUUUUGCUAGGAAAUCUGCUAACUUAGAAGAUUACCCUUUCUUGUGGCCAGCACGGAAAUGAGGUCUGGCUUUUUCACAUGAUAUGAUCAUGAAGGGAGGGAAACACAAGCCAGGACCCUACUGUUUCGCGGAGGCUACAAAAUUUGUACGGAGUUAGGGUCCUAUGUGUCGUCUUUCUCUCUUCCAAUAUUAUGUGAAAACUCACGGUAUUCAUUGCCAGCAAAUACCCUUUUUCUAUAUCUGCAAAAUCUAUUUUCCAUCAUUUUCUUUGAUUAAUUAAUUACGUUUGUCCUUAUGGUCAAUCAAUGGAUGCCGUAUGUGGAGCGAAAAAUAGGAAGAGUGUACAACCAUCAAAAUCUUGCAACACAGGGUAUUUUUACUUUUAUUUUUUUGUUGUUUGUAAGGAAUACUGAGAUUUGUUAUUCAUUUAAAGGAUGAUAUUCUUUUAUAAACAAUCUUCCAUAUGCGUGUUUGAGAA